AACAGGAGAAAAGAAGAAAAGAAAAGAGUGAAAGAGAAAUGGAGGAUGAGAUUAGGAAUCUCUUAAGGGCAUUGUUUCUAGUCAUAACAUCUUUGAGCUAUUGCUAUUUGAUAGUGGCCAAACUGCCCAAAGGGAAAGCAAGGUUAAUCUCUCUCCUCCCCGUCUUCUAUCUAUUCUACACCAUCCCUUGGAUCUUCUCAUCAGUGACUUUGAGGGCAAUCACAGCCUUCUAUUUCACAUGGGUUUCCAACUUCAAGCUCCUCAUGCUCUCCUUUGACAAGGGCCCACUCUCAUCUCAUCACAUGUCCAUGUUCAGUUUUAUCACCAUAGCAGCAUUCCCCAUCCAAAUCAAAGAAGGCCCACCUCCCCAACACCAUAAAACACCACCAAAACCAUCUCUGAAUCUAAAAUCUCUAAUACCCAUUGCACUAAAAGUGCUAUUCUCAGUUGGGCUGGUGACACUCUUCCCACACAUGAGAGAGACCUUCCCCAACUUCAUACUGGUCCUCUAUUGCAUGCACAUUUUCUUAGUGAUUGACCUUGUGGUGGUGGGCUCAGCCAACCUGGCUCGAACCAUGGUGGGCCGAGAGCUCCAGCCGCAGUUUGAUAAGCCCCACCUAUCUACAUCGUUACAGAACUUCUGGGGGAGGCGAUGGAACCUCAUCGCAACAUACAUUCUGCGGCCGACCGUGUACAAUCCAAUCCUAUCCACACUCACCCGUUUCGUCGAUGUGUUACUAGCCAAAAUGGUCGCAGUCCCAACCACUUUCUUGGUAUCGGGCCUCAUUCAUGAGCUCAUAUUGUACUAUAUGACAGAUGGAGAAGAACCCUCUUGGGAAAUCACAUGCUUCUUUGUGUUGCAUGGGUGUUGCACGGCGAUGGAAAUACUAGUAAAGGAGGCGGUCGGGGUGAAGUAUCGGUGGCGGCCGGUCAUUUCUUCAUCGUUGACGCUUGGGUUUGUGGUAGCAACAGCUAUGUGGCUGCUUAUCCCUCCAUUUUUGAAGAGUGGUAUAGAUGUGAAGGGAAUCGAAGAGUACACAACAUUUUUGAUGUUCUUGGCAAAGAAGCAGGAAGCAUUGCAACUUGUGCUGAAAAAACAUGUAAAACUGUUUUAAGACUGUACUGAAAAUCUUGGAAAUUUGAAAUAUCAGUGUAGUGUUCUUGUAUGUGUAUAUGAACAUCUAUUAUAGCUUCAGUACAUAAUGUCAUGAACUCUAGUAAAUUGAUAGUGAAAUAGGAACAUGAGGGGAACAUGAGGGGGUCUUUAGGUGGUCCCUCAUGCAUCUAUCCAGCAUGUUACCACCUAACCUUAGGUUACAAGACAUCUUAUUCCUAGCCACUUGAUGGGGUUUGAUUGAUUGAUGUCAGCUACCAUCAUGCCUAGAUAAAUGCUAAAAAUGAGUCAAGGUUGAAUAUGGGUCUCGGAGUCACAGCUGAAACCCGGUGGCAUUUCCCCUUAUCGGGCCAUUUUGAGCUGUAUUAGAUAAUAUGUGCCGGUUUGGGAUGGAACCGGUGCAGGGAAAGACAUGAUGAGGUCAAUAAUCGUCUUCCUCAGGGGAUAGCUUCUCCGAAUCCACAGUGUCCUUUGG